CUAUUUUUUGCCAAGAAACGAAGUGGCACUUGCAUCAUCACACAGAAAGUUCUAGUACGUCACUAACGACUUACGCUUCGAACAUUGUGCCUCUCACUCCUCGUGUGGCGUCGUGACCGGCAACUGCAAAUUUGAAGAACGUUUGCGUCUUUCAAGGUGUAAUUUUUGAGCUGCUCUACAUCGUCCAUAAGCAACUCCACAAUGUACAAGGCAGCCUCCCUCCUCCGCAACCCAGCCAUCAGCCGCAGCCUCUGCCGUGCAUAUGCCAAGGAUGUCAAGUUUGGCACAGACGUGCGUGCCCUCAUGCUCAAGGGUGUUGAUGUGCUCACUGAUGCCGUGGCUGUCACCAUGGGACCAAAGGGCCGCAAUGUGAUCAUCGAGCAGUCGUGGGGCAGCCCCAAGAUCACCAAGGACGGCGUCACCGUCGCUAAGGCAGUCGAGCUCAAGGACAAGUUCCAGAACAUCGGCGCUAAGCUCGUGCAGGAUGUUGCUAACAACACAAACGAGGAGGCGGGCGACGGCACGACCACGGCCACGGUGCUGGCGCGCUGCAUCGCCAAGGAGGGCUUCCUCAAGAUCAGCCAGCGAGGGGCGAACCCCAUAGAAGUCAGGCGCGGGGUGAUGGCGGGAGUAGACGCUGUGGUGGCGCAGCUGAAGGUGAUGUCACGGGAGGUCACCACGCCCGCUGAGAUCGCGCAGGUCGCCACCAUUUCCGCCAAUGGCGACGCCCAAGUGGGCGAACUCAUCAGCGCUGCCAUGGAGAAGGUUGGGCGUGACGGCGUCAUCACGGUCAAGGACGGCAAGACUCUUAAGGAUGAACUUGAGGUGAUCGAAGGCAUGAAGUUCGACCGCGGCUUCAUCUCGCCCUAUUUCAUCAACUCUAGCAAGGGCGCCAAGGUGGAGUUCACCGACGCCCUCAUCCUCAUCUCAGAGAAGAAGAUUUCCUCCAUCCAGAGCAUCCUUCCUGCCCUGGAGCUGGCCAACGCCCAGCGGAGGCCGCUUCUGAUCAUUGCUGAGGAUAUUGAUGGAGAGGCACUCAGCACCCUGGUGGUCAACAGACUCAAGAUAGGCUUACAGGUCGCUGCCGUGAAGGCGCCUGGGUUUGGCGACAACAGGAAGGCGACGGUGCACGACAUCGCCGUGUCCACGGGCGCCAUCGUCUUCAACGAUGAGGCCAGCAUGGUCAAGAUUGAGGACGUGCAGCUGCACGACCUGGGCCAGGUUGGCGAGGUGCAGAUCACGAAGGACGAUACGCUGCUGCUCAGAGGCAAGGGCAAGAAGGAGGACAUUAGCCGCCGCGUCGAGCAGAUCAGGCAGCAGAUCGAGGACAGCAACUCCGAGUACGAGAAAGAGAAGAUGCAGGAGCGCCUCGCAAGACUCAGCUCUGGGGUCGCUCUGCUCAAGGUUGGGGGCUCGUCGGAGGUGGAGGUCAACGAGAAGAAGGACCGCGUGACGGACGCGCUGAACGCGACGCGUGCGGCGGUCGAGGAAGGCAUCGUGCCUGGCGGAGGCGUGGCGUUGCUGCGCUGCGUGCCCGCCCUCGAUGCCCUCAAACCCCUCAACACAGACCAGGCGAUCGGCAUCGGGCUGGUGCGCAGUGCCAUCGAGGCGCCCUGUCGCACCAUCGCCGAGAACGCGGGCGUCGAGGCGUCCGUGGUGCUCAGCAAGGUGAUGGAGGCCACGGGUGACGUGGGCUACGACGCUGCCACCAACACCUACGUCAAUAUGGUCGAGGCAGGCAUCAUCGACCCCACUAAGGUGGUGCGCACGGCGCUGACUGACGCAGCAGGCGUUGCAUCUCUACUCACCACCGCCGAGUGCGUCAUCACGGAGCUGCCUAAAGAUGAUGAACCUGCAGGAGGAAUGGGCGGCAUGGGUGGUAUGGGAGGCAUGGGAGGUAUGGGUGGCAUGGGCGGUAUGAUGUAAGCACAAUACUGCCAUGGAAGAUUACCGAAGUGUGAAGAGCCGUCCGUCGUGUGAUGGAUAACGACAGGAGGAGUGGUGCUGAUAGUCGUGUCUGCGGUCUUCGAACAGCUGAUAUUCGGGAUCGUCUCGUACCUAUGCGGACUUAAGGCUGAUGUUAGUUUGAACAGAAUUGUAUAGACUUCAAGUGAUAUGUGACUCUGAUAAGAACCCAAUAGAUUAAGCGUUGAUUUUUUAAGCUCAUUUAAUUCCUGGUUGUCAGGGCUCCGUGUCAGUUCUUCGAUCUUUUUUGUUCUUAGAAAUUCAAGGCGAUAAAGUCAACGAACUUCAAAGUCACCGCGCAAUAAAAGGCUGCUCUGUGACGCCUCGUUUCUUCUGUGAAUCCCACUGUUCAUGACAUGCAGCUUCGUAGGAUUUUUUCGGAAGACGCGUGCUCCUUGGACGUUCUUUUUUUCACUUACCAGAGAAGAAAAUUUUGGGUCGCCCAUCGAACUGUGCUAUGGGCUGGAGCUCCAGGGCUUAGUUUGACACUUUCGAUAUUUAGGCCGCCGUCAAGAAUUUCUGACGAUAUCUUUAGUUUAACAAAUUACACGAAUCUGUUGGAAUGACAGUGUAUGUCAGAGGAGAUAUUUGUCGCUGCGAUGAGGGUGCCAAUCUAGCCGAAGUCAAUGCUUGAAAUAAUAGUCGCAUUAGUACUCGUCGAUGUGACAUCGACCAGAAAAAAAAAUAUUCCAGCUGGCGUCGAACAGUAGAGUUGAAAUUAUGCCUGCAUUUCUCGUCUGUAAUUUGUGCAUACGUUUUAUAGCAAAACGUGCCCUACUCGGACCUUCCUUCUUGCUGGUUGAACUCUUUAGUUUCUUAUAGAAACCUGUAACUAGGGUAGUGUGAUGACAGUUGUGCGAUGGAACUGUAAAAUUGUUGAUAAUUACUAGAAAAAUAUCAGUUUGAGUCACCAAUGACGUGUGAUGAUGCCUUAAGUAUCGCGGCACGAGUCAGACAGACAACCAUGGCCCUGUAAGAUACCGCCAGUGGCAACGAUCUUGGUGCUGAUUAAUUGUUUUAGUUAGAGGAGCGCGUCGUGUAACUUCUUCCAUAACUCGUGCAGGCGUUGAGCUCAGAACAAUUGUGCUGCUCCUGUGGAGUUGGCGAGUUUAAUAUAAACGUGAUGCGAGACUCGCGUCGUUUGCGGCCCUAUCUUACGAGCUGCCUGCCAUAGCGCCGUUAUUGUUCAAUGUAAUGUCCUGCUUAUGGAGGGCAUUCCUGCAUUCGUGUGCAUGUGAUGACCUAAGUUGUAAGGUUUAGUGAGUAGCGCCUGCCUCUUCAUGUCCCGCCCCUAGCAUGACCUCCGUUGCGGUGGAGGUUCCCUCUUUUAUCCAUCUACAAUACCUCAUAAUUUGUACCAUUAUAAUUCUGCUUUAGUUUCUCAUUGUUCAUAUCUGCUGCGCUGCCCAUCGACAACCUUGUACAAAAGUGUAGAUAAGAUACGAGCGUUACGCUCGUGCCUACUUCUCAGUACACAUUUUGUUAAUA